AGUGGUGAAGUAGUUAAGACUGCAUGAUGGUGAUGCUAAUGAACAUGGGAGAUAAUAGUUACUUUUGGAAGUUGGAAUUUUGAGCAAAUGGUUUUGAUUUUUUACAAAAAAAAAAAAGCUUAGGUUUAAAGUUGGAAAUGAAGUUCUAUAAUUUUGAGUUCUUCUUGUGGCCUUCCACUAGAAAAUGUAGUUGUAGAAGGAAACUCAGUGAUCAGUGGCUGAGCUUUUUAACUGGUCUCGACUUUGAAAACGGAUUUUAUGUGUCAAACUAGUGAAAUUCGCAUCAAUGGAAUAUUUGGUUUUGUCCACCACCCUUCCCAGAAAAGGACAGCGAUGAUGUGUAUUUCUAAGUUAUAUGAGUGAUGCCGUUAAUGGUUGAUUUCCUUUUAACUGUUUAUUCCAAGCUUGUGAGUGUCAGCUAUCAGAUUUGCUUACUAAAUUAAUAUUCAAAGUCUAACAUCAUUAAGAGACUGAUUCGACUUCUGAUUGAUCUAGAUAUGAAUUAAUCUGUUUCUUGAGGUCAAGUUUUAACUCUAAUGGCUAGUAAAAUGACUCGCGGACUGUUCUGAUAUUGAGCAAUGGUUUUCUAAAAAGUGCAGUCGAGGUUGCUCCUCUAUCAGUACAUUCACUGUAUGUCCAUUAAUUUACUGCAGGGAGGUCUCACUUACAGAAUUGGGACAUGUAGUUUGGAACUGGAAUUAUGUUUUAUGGGGAUGGGUUGGUGGGAUCAAAACCUUGAUGACCAUUCCGUUUAGCAUUCUAUUUUUCCCCACUAUUGCUUGGGGAUAGAUUGAGCCUUUCAUAAUCUCCUCUCUUCUCUCUCUUUUUCUCUUUCCCUGUUUUCUUUUUAUUAUCUUUCUUUUCCUUGUUCCAUUGUUACGAAUGCAUUGGUCCUAAUUGUUAUAAACUAAAGGCUGACUUUCCUUCAGAAAUCAAUCAUUAUCUACCUUUAAGGAAUUCAUUGGUUCAUUGUUUUUGUACCUGAUGGAGGAUAUUACCCUCUUGAAAGUCAUUCAGUACUCUUGCCUGUCUUUGUUUGUAUUGGUAAAAUUUAGUCAGCCUUUUUACUGAAAAUUGACAUUGGAACUCCUUGGCCAUUUCUCAUGGAACAAGUUCAAUUGAGAUAUUCUUUACUCUGGAAAUCCUCUUGGCCUUUCUUUUUAGUUCAGCCUGUCCACAAUUUUCUUCUUUCUUUUGCAAAUGCUUCUGGCUUCUGUGGUUCCAUCAGAGUUGCAGCUCCAGCUUAUCUUCCUAGAAAUAUAAGAUGCCGAGAACAAGGGCCAGUGCUGCAGCUACUAAAUCUGAACCUGAGAAGCCUGUUGAGACUGAAGAGCAGGUCGACUUUGAAGGGGAUAAUGAAGAAGAGGAAGAGAUUGAGUAUGAAGAAGUAGAAGAAGAGGUGGAAAUGGAAGAGGAAGAAGAAGAGGAGGUAGAAGAGGAGGUGGAAGAAGAAGAAGAAGAGGAAGAGGAGGAGGAGGAAAAUGAAAGUGAUGGAUCUGAUGAUGGAAAUAUGAAAGUCGAUGCUGAGGAUGUGGAGAAAAAGCAUGCUGAGCUCCUCGCCCUUCCUCCUCAUGGUUCAGAAGUGUACAUAGGUGGUAUUACUCAAGAUGUUUCUGAGGCAGCUGUGAGGGAAUUUUGUGAGACAAUUGGGGAAGUUACGGAGGUAAGAAUAAUGAAAGGGAAAGACACCACUCAGAACAAAGGAUAUGCAUUUGUUACCUAUAGAAACAAGGAAUUGGCGUCCAAGGCUAUUAAAGAACUCAACAACACUGAGCUUAAGGGGAAAAGGGUAAAAUGUUCUGAAGCUCAAGCUAAACAUCGGUUAUUCAUUGGUAAUGUUCCGAGAACCUGGGGGGAGGAAGAUAUGAGGACGGCUGUAACAAACGUAGGGCCCGGAGUUAUCACUAUUGAGUUGGUGAAGGAUCCUCAAAAUUCUGGUAGAAAUCGUGGAUUCGCUUUUAUAGAAUAUUACAAUAAUGCAUGUGCAGAGUAUUCAAGGCAAAAAAUGUCAAAUUCAGACUUUAAGCUUGAUGAUAAUGCACCAACUGUUAGCUGGGCAGAUCCCAAAAAUGCUGAAACUGCUGCUUCUUCACAGGUUAAAGCAGUAUAUGUGAAGAACUUGCCCAAACACAUUAACCAGGACAAGCUAAAAGAGUUGUUUGAACAUCACGGGAAAAUUACGAAGGUAGUUCUUCCUCCAGCUAAACCAGGACAAGAACAGAGCAGAUAUGGCUUUGUUCACUUUGCUGAGAGGUCAAGUGCUAUGAAGGCCUUGAAGAACACCGAGAAAUAUGAGAUAGAUGGGAAAAUUCUGGAGUGUUCACUCGCAAAGCCUCAGGCAGAUCAGAAAUCUUCGGGAGGAUCAAGCUCACAAAAGGGACCCACUCUUCCAACUUACCCUCCUCGUAUUGGCUAUGGAAUGAUGGGAGCUCCCUAUGGUGCUCUAGGUGCUGGAUACGGAGCUCCAGGUGUUGGGCAACCAAUGGUCUACGGAAGAGGAGCUACACCUGGUGGCUUGGCAAUGAUGCCGAUGCUUUUACCUGAUGGAAGGAUCGGAUAUGUCCUGCAACAACCAGGAGUUAUGCAUUCCCCACCUCCAGUAUCACGAGGAGGUGGACGUAGUGGCGGAGGAGGAGGUUCAAGUGGUGGAAGGCGGGGUGACAGUGGCGGACGAGGGCGAUCCCGUUACAACCCAUAUUAGGUGUAAAUGAGCCCCAGCAAUGUUUUAAAGCACAAUAUUUAAGAUUACUCACUUUGAGAAUUUUUAAGUUAUUUGACUGAUGUAUCUGUAGUCUGUUUAAAGAAUUGACUCUCAUCUCUAGUCUCCCUCUGACAAUCUCUGUUCAUGGCAUCUUUCUCCUGUUAAAGUAAAUUUUUUAUUUUUGCA